AUGUUCGACUCAGCGUUCGAUUGUGUGGUUCUGGAUGGCAUGGUCGUAACCGCUGCCGACGUCGGCCGGUACGAUAUUGCUAUCAAAGAUGGGAAGAUAGCAUUGCUGGCACCUGCGAGAUCAUUGGAAACGUUGAAAGCUACUAGAGUAAUUGACGCACAAGGCGCAUAUGUCAUGCCUGGUGGUGUAGAUGCUCACGUGCACUUAUCCGAACCUCAGCUUUUUGGCAAAGGCAGGCCGGCAGAUGAUUUUAGUUCAGGAAGCCGGUCUGCUGUCGCCGGUGGUACAACUACCAUUAUUGCCUUUGCAUCUCAAGAUAGGUCAGAUCCAUCUGUUCUAAACGCAUUGAACGAAGCUCAGCAAAAGGCACAAGAUGCUUCGUAUUGCGAUUAUUCUCUUCAUCUAUUGAUUUCCAAUCCAACUCAACAAGCUCUAGAGGAGUUUGCAGUCCUUCGCGAACGCGGAGUUUCUUCGAUCAAGAUUUAUAUGACUUACGAGGUACUCCAGCUGCGAGAUAAUCAGAUAUUAGACAUCUUACUGCAAGCGCGCAAAGAUUUGAUCACUACAAUGAUUCAUGCUGAAAAUGGGGAUAUGCUCACGUGGAUGACCGAACAGUUGGAGCGUCGACGAUUGCUGGCUCCCAAAUACCAUGCUACGUCGCGUCCGCAGAUUUUAGAAAGUGAAGCCACAAACAGAGCCAUUGCUUUGAGUCAAUUAGUAGAGACUCCCAUUCUAAUUGUGCACGUGUCGUCGCCGCUGGCAGCAAACAGCAUCCGGGCGGCGCAAACAAGCGGCCUUCCUGUUUUUGCCGAGACAUGUCCGCAAUACCUUUUCUUGACACGCAAAGGUUUGGAUCAACCGGGUUUUGAGGGGGCUAAAUGCGUUUGUUCUCCCCCACCGCGGGACGGUGAGGCAGAUCUGGAGAGUAUCUGGAAGGGCAUUGAGAAUGGAACUUUUACCAUCCUCUCCUCAGACCAUUGUCCCUUUAUUUAUGAUGACAAUAUUGAUGGCAAGAAAUCAGCAAUUUCGGAAGAUGCACCUCUAGGGCGCUUUCGAUACAUUCCAAAUGGCUGUCCCGGCGUUGAAACCCGCCUGGCCUUGGUCUUGAGUGCCGACCGACUGUCACCUCAAAAGUUUGUCGAGGUCACAAGCACCAAUCCCGCUAAACUGUACGGUCUGUACCCGCAGAAAGGGGCGCUACUCCCCGGACUUUCAGACGCUGAUCUCACCAUCUGGUAUCCGCCAUCUUCUCUGGAGCCGUUUCCUGUCACAAAUUCUGCCUUGCACCAUAACGUCGAUUAUACACCAUACGAAGGACAAACCGUUUCACAAUGGCCUCGUUAUACACUAGUUCGUGGUGACGUGGUUUGGGAUCGCGAUAAUGGGGGCAUCGUGGGACGCAAAGGGUAUGGGCAAUUCGUAAAACGGGGGCCUAGCGCCUUUUGUCGUGAGCAGCCAGAGUGGAAUGUCGAGAAAUUUUAA